GGGGCCGCCGGGCCAGAGGCGGAGCUGCAGCUCUGCCGCGACUUUCAGACGCCGGACCAUGGCCUCGAGCUGGUGGCGGUGGCGGCGCUGCUGCUCCUGGAGGCCGGCGGCGCGGAGCCCCGGGCCCGGCUCCCCCGGCCGCGCGGGACUGUCCGGGCUGCGCGCCGCCACCGCCGCCGCCGCGGCCGCUGCCGCCCGCGCGCAGAUGUCCUAUUUUAAUCUUGUGAAGAGUUUAACAUCUGCCUUUCCAAAUAUGUAUAGUAUAUCACGGUUCCAUCACAUGACGCCAGCAGUGUGCUGCUGUAGUAAAACACGGAGUGGUGAGAAAUACACUGAUCCUUUUAACCUUGGAUGGAGAGACUUGAAAGGUCUGUACGAGGACAUCAGGAAGGAACUAUUCAUAUCUACAACAGAACUUAAGGAAAUGUGUGAAUACUACUUUGAUGGAAAAGGAAAAGCCUUUCGACCAAUUAUUGUGGUGCUAAUGGCCCGAGCCUGUAAUAUUCAUCAUAAUAACUCCCGAAAUGUGCAAGCAAGCCAGCGUGCCAUAGCCUUAAUUGCAGAAAUGAUCCACACUGCCAGCCUGGUCCAUGAUGAUGUCAUUGAUGAUGCAAGUUCCCGAAGAGGAAAACACACAGUUAACAAGAUCUGGGGUGAAAAGAAGGCUGUCCUUGCUGGUGAUUUAAUUCUUUCUGCAGCAUCGAUAGCUCUGGCACGAAUUGGAAAUACAGCUGUUGUAUCUAUUUUAACCCAAGUGAUUGAAGAUUUGGUGCGUGGUGAAUUUCUUCAGCUCGGGUCAAAAGAAAAUGAAAAUGAAAGAUUUGCACACUACCUUGAAAAGACGUUCAAGAAGACUGCAAGUCUGAUAGCCAACAGUUGUAAAGCAGUCUCUGUCCUGGGAUGCCCUGACCCAGUGGUGCAUGAAAUUGCCUAUCAAUACGGAAAAAACGUGGGACUCGCUUUUCAGCUAAUAGAUGACGUCCUGGACUUCACCUCGUGUUCUGACCGGAUGGGCAAGCCGACCUCGGCCGACCUGAAGCUCGGGUUAGCCACCGGUCCCGUCUUAUUUGCUUGUCAGCAGGUAUUAUGUGCUUUCUACAAGUAAGAAAGUGAUGCGCAAAACUUGGCCAGAAUGAAACCUCUGGUAAACGGCACAGCAGGCAAUUAAACACUCCAUGUCUUCAAAGACCAGUGUCGUUCCACCACACGCUGCAGUGUUACUGCCUCUGCUCGUGGGGAUCAGCGCCAAGUGCCCCAUGGGCCUGAGCCCUGGGAGGCCGCCCAGAGCAGAGGACUGGCUGAUCCCGCACUGAAAAGGCACUGACGACACUCAGAGGAGUCUCAGUGUCGGCCUUCAGUAUUUGUCCUUAACCUGCCCAUUUAGUGGAGUAGUGGCAAGAUGUCUGUCAUCUUUCUCCAUAGGUAGGUGAGUUUUGUUUGCAGAUUAGACAAAUUAGUCUUUGAACUUUUCUGCUUAUGAACUUGGGGUUUCACUGGACCAAGACAAGCAACCUUGGGAAACCACUUUUCCUCUUUCAUUUAGCAUGCUGGGUUGUCUUGAAAUUGGAGUUUGUUGAUAGAAACUCCCUCUGUCUGGAAUUCACUAUUUUUGACCUCUCUCUGAAGGGGUUUCUUGACAACAGGGGAUUUAAGAAGAGCUUCUGGAUUUCUGGGGAGGUCCCAGAGAUGACUGUCCUUCCAUGUAUGUGUGCACACACACUGUCUAUAAAAAAACAAAAACCUUACGUUAAAGUAAACCUUUAAAGAAUAGAGGUUGGAUUUCAAGAUCUUCAGAAACCAAAUGGAAGCGUUUUCUUUUUUUGGUGAGAUUCCAUUAGUUCCCAAAUACCCUUUAAAAGCUCUCUCCUUUCUUCUGCGUCUCUCCCUUCUGUGAUCAGUCAGCAGACCUAAAUGUCAGCCUGUAGUCGUGCUUCCACUGCUGUCACCAGCACCAGCCCCGCACCAGCUGCACGGGCUUCUGCUUGCUGUGACUGUGGGGGCCUUAGAGUCACCCAGGUUUUGCUUGAGUAACAAGCUCACUACAGUUUACUGAUCGCCUUUGUCGUGAGUUUGUGGACAGAUUUCACAGUUGGACUCUGAUUCAUCCACAGGUGAUUUUCCUACUCUUGAAAUCAGAGCCUAGGCCAACAGGAACUUUAUUUCUCAGCAAAUCUGCAGGCAGGCCAGUGUUCCUCCUACCUGUUAACGUUUCUCAUUUCUUCUCACACAUUUUGGGGACAGGGGAGUGCCUCAGGGAAGAGUUUGAUAUUGAUAUUUGUGCAUUAAGAUUGCACACACUACAUGUUUCAAAGGAAGGAUGUAGUCACACUCAAUGAAGAAAAAAAUUUUUUUUUUCAAAUUUUGCUUUCUCAGUGCUUUUUAUAGUAAAAGGAAUCAGAGAAACCACCCAAUCAGCACAUUUUACCAUCGUUGUUGGUGCUGCAGAAAAAGCUCAUCUACCCUAAAAAUGGUAAUUUUACCAGAUGCCCAGGACAGUAUCACAUUAGCUUUGAGGAUAUACAGCCUUCUAGAAAUCCAAUUUUGAAAUGUGGUAUUAAGAAACUAAGACCGAUGCCUACUUGAUUUGACUUUUGACCAGUAAAAUUGAUUUGAGCUUUCCUGAUUUGUUUCCUAUGAAACUUCAAUUUUUAUUCUUAAAAGGCCAGUACCUGAAACUAAUUACUGGUUUUCAUUUAAGAACUAACCAGUUGCUGGCUCUGUAAAUUUCAUAAGGAUGUUACUAGCAGCCUCUGCUUUGUUUGGACACGUACUUUGCUCUGAAAGGAACAUUCUUAAUUCCUCAUUUGCCAUCAUCUAGUUGAGACUUUUCUCUCUGUGCCCUAUUUUUCCUUCUAGGAUUACUAAUACCGAGGCGGUGGCUGCAGGACCACAACUGCUUUCAUCCCUCGGGCUCACUGCCAGGGAAGCGCUGGCAGCUGCUGUGAGCACUGCUGCAGCCAGAACCAGACCCCUCUUAACCUCUUAUUUCAUGGACCCAUAAGCUGGUAGAACUAAGAGAUUUCUGAUCAGGUGGCUCAGCCCCUUCCUAACACAGAUGAGGGGACUGAGGAGCUCAGACCAGAGCUCCAGCCUAGACAGUGAAGUGAUUUGGUGUCCUGGCUUCCCAAGGCUCAUCAUGGUGACAGUUCUCCUACCUCGCUGCUAAGUAUUGUAGAAUAUAGAUUUUGUCUUCAAUGCGUCUUGUACCUGUUUUCUGUUUUCCUCUUACUGCCAUCAGCUUACCACUGGUCUUCAGAAUUUACUACAGUAACCCGACUGCUGCUUCUACCUCUGUCUAAUUCGAUGGUUCUCAAGCUUGGCUGCAUAUUAGAAAUGACUGAAGAGUUUUUAAAAAUAUGCCACAGGGUCACGUGACUCCAGGACCGGCCGGUGUCGAGCAGCGCUGCCCUCGUCCCCUCCACGAGCCGCCUCGCGGAGCUCUGCCCGUGAUGCCCUCUGCUCAGAGACCUUGGUAGCCUUCGGGUGUCACUCAGUUUCGUACCAAAAGCAGAAUGCCCACCUUCCUCUUAGGCCAGUGGUUCUAAUUUGUCAGCAGAGACCAGCAGGACCAGCAUCAUCUGGGAACAUGUUAGAAGUGCACGCUCAGGCCCCACCCCUACUUAAUUAGAAACCUCGGGGGAGAGGCCCGGUAGGCCCCUAAAGCUUGAGAUCCCUAAGAGAAGCCAGUAGGAGAUUUUAGAGGUGAACUUUUGCUCCUCCUCUCUUACGCAGCCCUGGACCAAGGACAGAACAGAACACUGGAGUGGACAUGGGUCAGCGGCUGCCCCUCUUGUGCACCAGCUCGUCCCUGGACCCAGAUACGGGUGUCCUCUUAGCUCUGCUGCUUUUAAUCGCUAGUUUACUGCUCCCCCGCCCCCAUCAUUUAAACAUUUCAUCACUUUUGUGGAUUUUUUACCUGUUUUUACCUACUAGUGUUUGAACAUUUG